UAAUUCUUGAAAUAUGACUAUAAUUGAGUAAACGAUCAAACGUGGUUAUUCUCAUGAAUGUCUUCAAUUGUUCUAAAAAUAUUAGCCUCGGCAGUUUCCUACUGGUCAUUUCACCACUUGGUCCCUGCCGAUCCCUACCAUCUUCAUUAUAGCACCCUUUGGCACACGAGCCUGUCGCUACGUAAUCAUAGAUUAGAUGCAACGCCUCAUUCAUGCUUCGUGGCCUUCUCAUGCUGUACAAUCACAAGCAACGCACCGCAUUCAUACUCUAAAUCUUUCUUCGCCCAUGGGCGCGUUCGCCUUUUUUAUUUUCCUUUCCAUGUGUACGUUGCACCAAAUUAAUUGACAUCUCAAAUGAGCGCGCUUUAAUUCUACAAACACUCUCGCCUUUUCAUCGCUGCAUCUCCGCAGUCGCGAGUCGCAUCAAACAACCUCUCCCCUCCGCCAGCAUGGCUAUCGAACCGCCCGCGGAGUUUCUCAGGCCUUUAUGGGCUUGGGCUGAAGCAACGCCAGUCUACAUUCUUCUGUCAUUAUUUAUCGCAUUUAUUGCGCUGGCACUUCUUGGGCUCUAUGUCAUCCUCCAUCUCGUCGCGCCAAAGCCUCGACCCGUCUACGCCUCCGAAAAGACCUACCUUACCAGCCAUCCCACUGAAGGACGCACACAGCCUCAACCUCUCCCCUGCUGGUACGAUCGCUGGCUCGCUGAGCGACAGGCUAGCGAGCAGCACGUCCGCCCCGAUGAAGCAUUCCCUACUCCCGAUGCUGGAAACAUCGAACCCGCCGAAGUGCGUCUGAGCGUUGUCUUCCCAGCCUACAACGAAGAAGAUCGCGUUAUCCCGACCCUCGAAGAGGCUGUCACUUAUCUUGAUGAACACUUUGGCCGAACCAAACAAGCUGGACCUAGCGGAGCGAGUCCUACGACUAAGAGACAUGUUCGGAACGCUCCUAAGGAGGAUCUCGGCGGAUAUGAGAUCUUAGUUGUCGAUGAUGGAAGCAAGGAUAAGACAGUGGAUGUUGUCCUCAAGUUUGCCCAAGAACACGGCCUCCAUGACAUUCUUAGAGUUGUCUCACUUGCUCGCAACAGAGGCAAGGGCGGAGCGACUACUCAUGGUUUCCGACAUGUGAGGGGCGAAUACGUCCUAUUCGCUGAUGCUGAUGGCGCAUCCCGUUUCUCCGAUGCUGGUAAGCUCAUUGAAGGAUGCGAGGAGGUUGUUGAUGGAUCGUACCGCGGCGUUGCUAUUGGAAGUCGAGCUCAUCUCGUCGGCAGCGAAGCCGUUGUUAAGCGCUCGGCUCUACGAAACUUCCUCAUGCGAUCUUUCCAUCUCGUGCUCAUGAUCCUCACACCCCCUGCAACAUCGCGCAUCCGCGACACCCAAUGCGGCUUCAAGCUCUUCUCGCGAGCAUCCCUCCCACACAUCAUUCCCUACAUGCACACUGAGGGGUGGAUCUUCGACAUCGAGAUGCUCAUGCUCGCAGAGUCAGCACCCGCGACACCAGUUCUUGGCCACGAUGGCAGUGUUAUUGGCACCAGUCCCGGCAUCAAGGUUGCUGAAGUGCCCAUUGAGUGGCACGAGGUUGGUGGCAGCAAGCUCAACGUCAUUCAGGACAGUAUCAAGAUGGCUAUUGGCCUUGCGGUGCUGAGAGCGAGUUGGAUGUUUGGUGUCUAUCGAAGACGAUUGACAUAGGAUGGAGGUCAAGGGAUCAGGCAGGAUAUGAGCGUAAAUGCUCAGUAAUCACAAUGAUCAUGUCUAGUUGAAUAAAACACACAAGUCAACAAAUUUAUCGAGUACAUGAACAUAAACGGUUCGCCGUACACACGGUUAGGCUAACAAGACGCAGUAAAGUGAAGUUCAGUUGCAAUUAAUAUUAAUCUUGAAAUGAUAAUCUACUUAUAUCUCCCAAUUUCUGACCACAGGUAGUAUGGGGAUCAAGCAUGCGUAUGUGUGUGUGUAUCUAACAAAAACCCACUCCCGCUCAACACUCCGAAAUGCUCAAAUGUCUCAUAACCACCCAUGAAAAGAAGGGGCCAUAUGUACGAUCGUCCCUCGGCUCUAAUGUAUCCCAUUUCUGAAAGAAAUUUAGAUUCGUUUUAAAAUUCGACAUAAAAGUCCCAAGCCAAAGCUCCAAAAACGCCGCAGCUCUCGCUACUUAAACACAUCAUGCUCUUUUUCUCUUCUUUUUUUUCUUCCAAAUUCCAGAUUUACUGGAAUGUCUCUCGGUACAUGAUGGGAAGGAAGACAAUACAUGCCUUCCAGAGGAUGAGAACGGCAUCAAUGAUAGCGAGAGGAGCCUUGAAGAUGCCCAAGAUACCGCAGCCAAUGACGGUGCAGGCGUUGAGCCAGAUGGCGAGGAAUGCAACGGAGAAGAAGUGGUAGGCGAGGAUGAAGGGGCGCUGGAGCAUACCAGCCAAGAGAGCGACGGGGCCGUCAGUUGAGCCGCGCUUGAAGUAGUUGAAGCAACCGUAUUGAAGAGCGCGGAGCUGACGGUCGUUGGCUGCGAAUAGGGAGUACAGAGCCUGGGCGAGGACGUUGAUGAUACCGGUCAAAGGCUUGCGCUUCCAGUAAAGCUGGUCAAGCGCAUUAUUGAUGGCCUUGUUGUCAGCGAGAUCAGACACCUUGCUGGGGUGCAACUCCUCGGCAAGGAUGACAACAUCGUUGAAUGCGACAGUCAUACCACCACCAGUAAGAGGAUGUCGCAUGUUCAUAGCGUCACCGAGGAGAAUGGCUCCGUUGGCGCGCUGUUUCGUAGGAGGAAGCCAGCUGUUGGGCAUGCUUCGGGGAAUCUUGCCAUCCUCAAGAGCCUUCUCAGCUGAUGGUCGGAUGCUAGUAGGGAGUGCAGGAAGGACAUAGUUGCGGAUGUAUCCACGAACACCGCCAUUCUCAGGCGAGGCUUCGGGGAUACCUUGAGGCACAUCGAUAAGAGCGCGGGUCUCGUGAGUGCCGAUCUGGUAGAGAAGGAUAGGGAAGGCAUUGCCAAUGAUGACAUGGCCGUGGCCAGGUUCAGGAAGAUCGCAGUCUAUGAGCUCAAGAGCGUAGAACUUUGAGCAGACCUUGGGCUUGGUCCUGAGAACCUCCUGACGCCACUUGGAAUCGUAACCAUCAGCGAUAAUGGUCAACUGUCCAAAGUAGUAAUCCUUCUCCUUGACACCGGUCUCCUUGUUCUUUGUGCGACUCUCAACACCGAGAAUCUGAUCCGACACCUCUCCGCGCAGCGUCUUGACAACCUCUGUCUCAACAACAGUGAUGUUCUUGUGGUUUAUACACGACUCUCGCAGCUUAGUGAUAAAGCGGCCGUGAUGGAAACUGCAUCCAGACGGUCUCUUAUCCGCUGUGCUGUGACCUCCCCAAGCAUGUGUGACAUUGCCGUUAUCGUCGAGACCGGGGUAAGGAACGAGGACCUUCUCGCCGUGGUAGAAGACAGUGUAUCCGUAGCAAGGCAUGGCAUCGAUACCUUCGAGGCAGUGGCCGAGGCCGAUUUUCUGUAGUGAGGCGACACCGCCAGGCUGAAGAAGUUCGCCAACGAUGCGAUCGGGCUCCGAUAGCCAUCGCUCGAGAAGGAGAACGGAUCGGCCCUGGUUUGCGAGAGCGUAGGCGAUAGUGCAGCCGAAUACACCAGCUCCUACAACGACGACAUCGGCUUCAUGGUAUUGUUCGCGACGGCGAGUCUGCGACUCAGUUGAUGUGAGUACUGAAGCCAUGGUUGAAGUUAUUGGCCGUUGUAGAAGUGAAAGGAAGUUCAGUCGCGGUAGUUGAGGAGUUGUCUAACAAGACUUUCGAUGGGGAGUGGGGGGCCUAUUAAUCGCGGAUCGGGGGGCGGCGAGAAAUUGGAUGGAUUGGCCCUGGGAAUUAGGGGGUGGAAAGUGGUCAAAGAGUAAGAGCAGCAACAAGAGGCAAUGCUUUUACAAAGAGAACAAGAUCAAUGCUUUUAUGUGAGAUGACACAAUAUUCUGGCAGAUCCUCAGUUGUAAGCCAACAAAUAGUGAAGUCUUAUCUCUUAUAAGGAUGAAUCGGUUUUCGGGGGCCACAGAGCUUGUGACAAUGACGCUCUCGACUUUUGGGGGCGAGUGUAUAAGAAAGUUGGACUUUAGAUCAAUUGAGAUGGAAUUCUGGGCGAUUGAACCGAUUUAAACACCACAGACACUUUCAAGGGCGACAAUUCCUCUCGUCUGAUCGCAAUUGACCGGAUAUGCGCCGUUUAUAGGGUCCCUUUUCCUCUCAUUCUCGUGGCAUUCAAUCCUCCAGGAUAUCAACAAAUCAGCCUAUAAGCCGUCACUGAAUGUCAUGUCAGGGGGCCCAAAUUCAAAGAAACGAAAAAAAACACCAACAAGAGAAAUGGACCCUUGGCUGGCAUGGGGCGAUCCUGGCAUUCUC